UCCGGUGCCCACCACUACAUUAUGAUGAAGCUCACCCUCAAGAAUUAUCUCUUCUGGAGGAUGCAGCUUCUUUCUUUCCUCCGCGGCCAGGACCUCCUGGGGUUCGUGGACGGCACGUUUCCAUGCCCGCCGGCGACCGUACUCGGCACUCCGUCCACCGGCGACUCGGCGGCAACCUCUACCGCGGCUACAGCGGUAGCCAAUCCGGCGUAUCACGCCUGGAUCAAGCAGGAUCAGACCAUCGUGUCUCUUCUGGUCUCAUCCAUGGCAGAUGAGGUCCUUCAUCUUGCUCUCGGCCGGGAUACGUCGGCGGAUAUAUGGAGCUCCAUCACCGGCGCGCUCGGGUCCUCCAGCCAGGCUCGGUGUCUCACACUUUUGAGCCAGUUUCAGAUGUUACGGCAAGGGAACGCUACGACUGCGGACUACCUCGGGAGAGCCGGUGUGCUGGUUGAAGCCCUCAUCCAAGCCGGACGUCCGCUCACGUUGAUGGAGCAGAACCUAUACGUCAUACGGGGCCUACGACCGGAGCUGAAGUCUCUCGCCACGUCCUUGACGGCAACCGGAGCUGCAGUCACACUCACGCACCUAUCUGAUUUUUUACAGGCGCAUGAGUUCAUAUUGGUGGAUGACUAUCCGUCGCUGGACACCGGCGUCACCCACACUGCCAUGUACGCCGGAACGGGUGGUCGCGGAACACACGGCGGUGGCAGGCAGCAGCAGUCCUCGCAGUCGCAACGUGGUGGCCGUCCAGGCCGUGGUGGCCAACAUCGGGGUGGUCGUGGCGGUCGCGGAUCGCCGAGGUGCCAGAUCUGCCGUUCACACGGCCAUUCGGCGGUCUACUGCUACAAAAGAUAUACAACUCAGCCGCCGCAACCCCAAGCACAUGUAGCCAUGUCUAGUGAUGCGCCGACGUCUCCAUCCACUGUUCCGGGUGAUGGGUGGUACCCGGACACCGGGGCCACCGCGCAUGCAACUCCGGACCCGAGCAUGUUGAGCCAAUCAGAUGAAUAUGGCGGAUCAGACGUUCUUAGAGUGGGUAAUGGGGCAGGACUCCACAACCAACACAAUUCUGCUUAAAGGACCAACAUCAGGCGGCCUGUAUAAACUCCCGGUGUCAAGGUAAAAUUUCGCGUUCGUCAGUUCCCGGGCCACUCCCACCACUUGGCACCGCAGGCUAGGACACCCGCACAAACAAGUCCAAAAUAAAAUUCUUCAAAACUGCCCAGUCACGCCUAAUAAAGCGUCUUCA